CAGAAUCUGGAACCCUCUGUAGUAAGCAAGCAAUAUGCCACUAUGCUGCUAGAUAUUGCUCUGCAGCAGCGAAAGUGGGAGCUAGCCAAGGAUCUUAUCCGAUUUCUAAAAGCCAGACCAAACGAGAUCGACUCGCCGCGCUCCUCGAUGGUUGUGAAUGUAAAAAUUGCACCGCCUCAGGUGAACACACAGCAGCAGGUGAACCAGAAUGCAGAUGCCUAUAUGGUCCUCGGUCCCAUUGCCAGAGAGAGAAGCUUCUCCACUACGGUGACUAGCAACCUGCCAAAAGACAAACAAGCUCCUGGUGCCCCACCAGUAGCUCCUGUGACGGAAACGAGCAGUUCGGGAGCACCUACAGUGGUGCGUCGACGGUCUACUAAGCAGCGCGAGACGUUCUGCAUCGAUAUGAUUCUCCAGCGCCAUGCACGCCAGCUACUGCAGAACCACAAACUAACGGAUUUGGGCUAUAUGUGCGCCUAUCUGGACUUUCACCUUGUUAGCUGGCUGUCGCAGGAAUCGGAGCGUGCAGCUAAAUUGGACGACUUUGCCGGAGCCCUGCAGGCACUACACUUGGAACUGCAGCUACCCAGCCCGUUUCCGACUUCGGUAAAGGACGAUUUUGCCCAGUUACGCGUCAGUCUUCGGCAGACAGGUGGGGGAUCUUCACAGACGUCGGAAUCUGGCUACUUUAGUCUUGCCACGCCCAAUGGGGCUGCUACGCAGUCUCCACAGCUGCAGCCAAGUAUUAGGGAGGAGGAGGAAGAGCUGCAGCAACCCAGCUCCUUACCAGUUCUGAAGACGCGCUCAGGCUCACAGCUUUCGUUCGACAACUUCCGCUACCGCCGUCUCUACUCGCUUCCGGCAUCGGAGGACGACCUGGCUGUGGAUCCGUUACCCGAGAAGCUGUCCAUCAAGCUGCGUUAUCUGUUGCAGCUAUUUAUCGAGGCUAAUUGCACGGACUACGCGCUGGUUCUUUCCAUUCUGCUCCAAGAUGCGGCCUCCAUCUCUCGAAUUGUUAAUGGAAUAAUCCGGAGCGAAUCUGUUCACACCUGUCGGCGCACGGACAGCCUUAAGCAAUUAAGUCAGAGCACCUUCGAACACAGUGGAUCUUUGUACCGGGGAUUCGUCCUCACUUUGCAGCCACACGUUUACUUGCUGGAACAGUACAUACAGUCGUUGGGGGAGACCGCCUGCUCGCCGCUCCAAGAUUCCAGCCCGGGCACCGAGCAGGGCGUGGACAUCGCCACUGGACUGGAAAAUGAAGAGGGCGAAUUUGUGCCAAAAUCGCAGCAGGCAAACGGAAACCAAUGGACGUUGGCGGACCACCACCCAAAUCUACAGCGGCUCACGCGGCACGCAAGUCUAGAGUCGAACGGGAACGCAGCGGUGGUCAGCGGAUCCUCCGCCCAUUCAACGCCCACCCAGCGCCAGCUUCCCCGGCAGAACAGCCGCGAGCGAGAGGGCUGUCGCCUCAUGUAAGCCGCUAGCCGUUAGCCGUUAUCCGAGAGGUUAAUCCGUACUCCACAUACUCAGCGCUAGGAGGAAGAUACGUACUCUAUACGAGCACUUUUUAGUCCGUGGAGGACACCGUUUUGUUGCUGUAAGUCGUUGUUAAAAUUUUCUGUUAAUUGUAAGCCAGCGUACACACUCAGAAACAGGGUUAGAGAAAGGACCGGACAGAAACUCACACGCAGACAACGAAGCGUCGCCGGCUAACCAAAACAAACAACCGUAAAACCGUAUGAAGCAUACGUAAUGUAAUCCAUAAUUUAGUAGAUGAAAUUUGCUGCAAUAUUUGUUAAUUAAAAUUAUACAAACAAUAUACUUAAAUAUACAAAUCAAAUAAAAUUAUAUUUUUACUAAUAAAUGAAACUAUUUAACAAUAA